AUGCACCGGUUGGCAGUGGUCUUCUUGUCAUCUGUCUUCUGUUUUCCACUAUCUGUCUCUCUCUCUCUCUCUCUUUCUUUUGCUCUGCCUCGUUAUCUUUCUCUUUCUCUGUUGGGUGAACUUGGGCAGGCAACAACGACCACCACGUCGUCGACGUCAUCCAGCGAGGGCCAACUGUCCUGCGGAGAGGGUCAGGACGUCUGCGCCGAAGUCUCCUUCGAAGAUGGCGCCAGGAUUCUGAACGAUGUCUGCUUCUCCGCCCCGUGCCCGGUGCUGUGCGAGUCGGCCACGGCACGGAAGUGCCCAGGUGGGCCGCAAGGUGAGGAGUUCUGCCUGCCCAUCGCUGACAACUGCCCCUUGCUCUGCGGGCCGGGUGAGGUCGAGUGCUACCUGGAGAACUUCGACGCCACGGGCCAGCGCCAGGAGGACUCGCUCCAAUGCGUUCUGCAGACGGAACUGCCCUGCCCCUGCGGCCGCAACGCUUUGCGCUGCGUAGACCCCCGGCUGGGUGCAAGCUGCGUGGCAGCGACGGAAGACUGCCCGACCUCCUGCGACAGCAGCAGCCGGCUGUGCUUGUCGGCCUCCUUCACACCGGAAGGUGCCUUCCAGGAGCUCCAGACCCAGUGCAGCGAUCCUUCCCAGCCGUGCGCGUGCGGGGAGAACGCCAAGCCUUGCAGCUGGACUGACACCGAUGGGCUGAAGCGCGACGAGUGCUUCCCGACCGCUACCAACUGUCCGCUCACCUGCUCAAAGGUCUGCAGCAUCGCAGACUACAACAGAAGCACUGGUGAGCUGUUGGGCGUGCGGCAGACCUGUGCGAACGAGAGCGAUGCUUGCCCCUGCGGAGACUUCGCUUUCCGGUGCCAGGACUUGUGCGUUCCGGGUAACUUCCCCUGCCCACCGACUUGCUCUAGCGAAGAGCAGUUGUGCGUCCGUCCGAGCUUCGACGACCAAGGUGAGCACUUGGCUACAGAGCAGGUUUGCGUGCCGCAGGGCGGCUCCUGCGGCUGUGGGCAAGGAGCGUUCGAAUGCACUCACGGAGACGGCAGCUCAGAAUGUCUCCCAACUGUUGGAGGCCACUGCCCUGUGUACUGCGCUGGCGGUGUCCAAUGCCCCCUCGUCACCAACUUUCAUCCAGACGGUGCAGAGAUCGGUCAGUCGCCUCCGAGCCGUGAGUGUGCCAACACCACCUGGCAGUGUCCCUGCGGAAGUGAAGCCAAGUGGUGCGAAUCCCUCGGCUGCAUCUUCAAGGACGCCGAUUGUCCAAUGCUGUGCACCGGACAGCAGAAGCUCUGCUCCCUUGUGGACUACACUUCCGAAGGAAUUUUCCUCAGCUAUCGCGAAAUCUGCAUUGACGCAGACGUGCGGUGCCCCUGCGGCCUGAACACCUGGCGCUGUCCGGGGUCCGACUUGUGCCUGCUCCCGUCUCAGAUGGCGAUCUGCCCUUGUGCUUCCUGGCAGAAGGCCUGCGAGAUCACCGAUUACAGCCGCACAGGGAUACCGGAGUCUAGCACGGUGGUGCUCUGCGUCGAUCCCGAGCUGCAAUGUCCUUGUGGCAAAAAUGCGUUGUCCUGUCCGGAUCCCAUGGAUUCGAGUCGCGCCAUUUGCGCUCCCGAAGCCAGUGGAGUCAUUGCCAAUGAAUGCCCGCGGUGGUGCUCUGCUGAGCAGCUACGAGCCGGUAAUGAAACCUGCACGCAGAUCUUUUUGGGAGACUCGGAUGCCUCCGUCUUCAAACGAACCAGCUGCCGCGCUCCCGGAGACUGCAAGCCCGGCCUGAACACCAAGGCUUGUCCGUCCGGUGCCUUCCUGCCCGUUUGGCAGCCGUGCCCACUGGGCGAGGUCACGGAGGGCACGGUGAAGCAGAACCGCGCAGUUGAGGUUGCGAAGGUGUUCUGGCAAUUGAAGACGCUUUCUCCGAAUUGGGCGGGCUCCUUGACGACGGCAGCUGUGCGACUGCAGUUUGCCCUUGCCAUCCCCAGCACGAUAGAGACGAGCCUGGUUCUCCUGCCAGGAUCGGUCCUGAUGUUUCAGCUCGUGGGCGAAGGGCAGAGCGAAGAGGGACGCCGUCUUCAAGGAGCAGGCUCGCCAGGUUCUGUUCCUCGUGGCCCAAAGGAGUUUGCUGUAAUCAUCAGAAUGCAGGUGCAGCAGGGCAACCCCGAUGCGACAGAAGCCAUAGCCCUGCUUGGUGAGCUGGACGACCGAGUCGGUGCCAGCGUCGAGAUCAGCGCAAACACCAUCCAGAUCGAUGGUGAGACGACAGCCCAGCCGACCAGCAGCUUCGGUCCUGACGGCGAGAAGGAGACAUCUGAAGAUGUAAUCUUCUUGGUCUUGGUUACAGUGGCUCUCAUUGUUCUGUGUUGUUGCAUCUGUCUCACAGCGGGCAUUUGCUUCAUCUACCAUCGGAGGCAGUCCAUCAAGAGAGUUCUUGCAGAGGCUAUGCAGCCAAGCCAGGAUCCGACCCCGCAAGGACUUUUGAGUGAACGUCAGGCUCAAGCCCCGGAGGUGCUUCAAAUUGCCCGGCAGGCUCCUUCAGCUGAUCCCACUGAUCCACCCCAGCUUGGAGCCACAGAGGCUCGGACUGCAAUGUUCUCCGCGCGAUUCAACGCCAGGAACAAGGACACCGAAAUGAAAUUCCGAGCGGUGUGCGAGCUGCUGCGUGCUCGUGACCUCAAGAUUCUCAUGGUGGAUGCAGAGGAAGGAGACGAUUUCGGUAUGUUGACACUGAGUUACUUGCAGCAACUGAAAGAUGACAACGGCGUGAUGCUCGCAGUUUGCACGUCAGACUACGCAGAGAUUACCUCCAGCCCCUACUCCUCCUACGCUGAGCUGCGGUUCGCUCUGCAGAACAAUAUCGACGUCCUGCCUCUGAUGGUCGACAAAGACAUCUACCCGCCUCGGCCGCCGUCGGGUGAAGACCACAAGUUUGAUAAAACAGGAGUCGCCAAAGGCUUGGUAUCGAUGGUCAUGCACAGCUCCUUGGUGUUCUUGGACUGCACGAACAAGACGGAGGAGCAAAUCGCGGACAGAAUCGAAGCGAAGCUGAGGGCUGCUUCAUCAAAGCAAGGCCAUGGAGCUGGCUGA